AUGGAGUCCCAAUUAUCCACAAUUGACCUCCUGACAGCCAUGUUCCCAUCUCCCGGCGAGAUCGAAAUACCUGUGUCCACCAAUCAGUGCAUUGAAAAACUCCGCAACUGGUGCGAGAAGCCAUCUGCAGUGCCUUGCGGGAUCCCUUCAACCCUACUCCUCGCGGUCUGUUUACCGAUUGCAGGGGGAGAAAAAGCAAUUCAGGUCAACAUAUCUAUUCCUGUGAAAUGCGAUGAUUCGAAAAUAGAACAGCCGCCGUCGUUGGGUUAUUCGCUGCGGCAACCAGAUUGGAUGUCCAAAGCCGAGCUUGCUACGCUGGCCGCUGCAAUGCCCCCAGAUGACGUGUUUGAGGCCUUUGAAUAUGUUCAGGAUGAAGCACUGCGCUUUCUAGAAGCUCACCGGAUUUCAAAAUCUGAGACUACCACGAGCAGUUCCGGGCCGAUCGUCAGAGUCUGGUUCUAUUUCCCAUCCCUCUCAACUCGAGAAAAGCGGAAUGAUCUGGUCAAUCACGCCCGUGACUAUUCUCUCACAGGUUUCGUGUUGGCGGGAAAGCCUGGGGUAUUGUGUGUAGAGGGUAUGUCGGCGGACAUUGAUGCUUAUAUGAGCUUCAUUAAGACACACUCGUGGGGUGAUAUCCCUAGCCAUCAGAAAAAGGUCAGUGAAAGAUAUCGGGAGACAAAGGAUGUCCAGAGAGUGUUCUCUGGGAUGGAGGAGAUCACAGACUCCCUAGGGGAAAGAAGUGGCCACAGAGUCAAUAGGGGUGACAUGCAGGCAUUACAGACAUGGCUGCAGGCGCGAGGGUUGCAUGAAGCAUUUGACAAGGUGAUAUUUUGA